UACAUUACAGAGCCGGAGGCGUCAGAAUGUGAGCGCCGCGCGGUUUAAGGUGGAGCGCGGAGUUGUGCGGCGAGUGUGGCGGAGAGGAAGCCGACGGAGCGCCGCGGAGCAGAUGAAGGAGAUGUGAUGGCGGAUGUGGAGACAGAAUCCAUGAAGAACUACCAGAUCGCUGCGGAGAAGAUCGACCCGAACUCGAGCCGGUACCCCUACUGCAUCGUCUGGACUCCGAUCCCCGUUUUAUCAUGGCUGUUUCCGUUCAUCGGACACAUGGGGAUCUGCACAUCUACAGGGGUGAUUCGAGACUUUGCUGGACCGUACUUCGUAUCGGAGGACAACAUGGCUUUUGGAAGACCAACAAAGUACUGGAUGCUGGAUGUGAGUAAAGUGUACACCAGUGGCUCCAACGCCUGGGACACGGCAGUUCACGACGCCUCAGAGGAGUAUAAACACAGAAUGCACAACCUCUGCUGUGACAACUGUCACUCUCAUGUUGCCAUGGCGCUGAACCUGAUGCGCUAUGACAACAGCACCUCGUGGAACAUGGUGAACCUCUGUCUGCUCGCGCUCAUCCACGGAAAACACGUCAGCUGUGCUGGCUUUCUGAAGACCUGGCUGCCGUUUCUGAUCCUGACCGCUGUGGUGGUCUCUCUGGCUCUGUACGUGAACCUGCGGUGACCCAGCAGGAGUGGAUGGUGACGGGGGGGGCAGACCCCCACAUCCUGACGGAGAUCCAGGUCUCCAUGAGGUGGGACUCCAAUGACUGUCUGCUGGACCUUCUGGACGGAGGAUGAAGACAAACCUCGUCCAAUCGUAGAGGAGCCCGAGAGGGAACCCUAACGCUGAGCGUGUUUGUGGUAGAAUAGAGAACCUGCCGCGGGUUCCUCGUCACUCGGUGGCGUAAAAACUCUAAACUCGUCUUCCGACGUUACGCUUCGGUGCUGCUUUACGGUUCUGUUUGCUAAUGAGAUUAUUAUUCUGUCGUAAUCUCGGCGUGCAGCGUCUAAUUUCACUUAAGUUUGUUUAUCUUUCAGAUUGAGGUCAGAUUAAUAAUCUCUGCACAUUCAGAUUAUUUAUUUUUAUUAUUUUCUGAUCAAAUGAAGCUAAAACACUGAUCUGUUCCUGCGUUUAUCUGAUGCUCUAAUCUAAUUCAGGUUCAGCGCUGCAGUUUGUUUGCGUAUCUUUGUUGUGCUGCAGAACAGCAUGCGUUCAAGUGCAUUAAUAAUAAUUAUAUAUUAGAAUAUUAGAGCUGAUUCGCUCUUUAUGAUAUUAACAGUUAAGUGGCGCCUCUGUUGCUUUAGAUUUAAAUAAUAUCUGUACUAAAAUGCCAGCGUACAUUUAAUUUUGGACGCUUCGGUUCUUAUUAGAUUUACAUUUUGCUUACAUUCAGAGCCCUGUUUCCAUGGUGAUGGAUCAUUCUCAGAAAUCAGACAUUAAAUUACGCAGAUAAACAAUAUUCAUGUAAUUGAUUGAUCGGAUGUUGCUCUUUAUACGAUACAGCAAAACAGAAAUUACUCAUUUUUCUAUUUUAAAGUUUUUUUUAAUACGUCUCUCCACAUGUUUCUGUAUCAUUUACCUUUUUUUAUUCAGAAAUAAAGGAGUUUGAAUCACU